AUGGAGCAGAACAAUCAAGCCGGCGCUCAAGAUCAAAACAAUCAACUAAACGUUGAAGGACAAAACAAUCAACUCAACUUUGAGCCUCCAACACAAUCGGUAGGACUACUUGAUCACCUGCUCAUUCCUGGGCCGUUGGUCGUCAGCGACUCAGCGAUUGCGACUUGGAACGCCGCCAGACAAACGGCCCAAUUUCGCACUCAACACGGUGGUUCCGUGCUGGCCGCACGAACCUAUUCGUACCACCGCGGAAGACCGGUGUUGGUUGACGUUAAUGGCGUUGCGGAGAGAGGGGGAACUCGAGGAGACCGUGAGGUACCUCGAAAACGCUUGGAGGGAGUUGGAUGA